AGAGGACGGAGAAGGGGAUUGGGUUGUCAGAGGGAGAAAUUGAGAUGAGAGAGAAAAAGAUAAGUUUAAAAAGAUUUGUUAUUUUAUGUUUUAUUUGGGCUAAAAAAGUUAGAAUUAAAAUAAGAAUAGAUAGCCUAGGGUUAAAAAGAUAUAAAACUUAAUAUUUCUAAAACUUUUGAAAUCUUGGAUCCAGUAAGAUACGAAACCUAUCAACAGGGGAUAUGGUGAUAUUUUUCCUAUUUAAAAUUUCGAUUUUGAGCUGAGGAAAGCUUUUUGUUUGUUUUACGAGAGAGCGCUUUGGUUCUGGCUCUCCUAGAUGGAAAUAUGUAGCAUUUCCGUCGAUUUCCCUGCUGCUCUGCUUAAAUUUCAGGCCCAAUCGUUUCAGUUUAAACAGAAAACUCUGAGAUUUCCUGUUAUGAAAUCUUCUUCUUAUGGCUAUCCAGAUAACAAAUCAAUGUUUAUUCUUGGAAUGGGAUUUGUUGGAACGUGUUUUGCACAUCAACUGAAAAGUAAUGGCUGGGAGGUAUUUGGAACUUGUACAAAUGAGAAUAAGAAGAACAAACUUGAGCAAAUGGGGUUUAACAUGUUCACCUUCGAAGCUGAUAAGGAUGGGCAAGAGGCGUUAAGUGCCAUUCAAGACAUGAGCCAUCUCUUGAUAUCCAUACCUCCUGUUGUUGGCUUGGGGGAUCCAGUAUUGUCUCUGCAUCAAGAUUUCUUGAGGAUUAUACUGCGUGAUAGCAAACUUUGUUGGUUGGGAUACUUAUCAUCAACAAGUGUUUAUGGAGAUUGUGGUGGCGCAUGGGUUGAUGAGGAAUCUCCAACAAAGCCAUCAAAAAGUUCAGCUUUAGCCAGGUUGGCUGCUGAGAAAGACUGGCUGGAUCUUGGACGCGAUCUUUGUGUCUGUGUCAAUAUACUUCGCCUUGGAGGAAUAUAUGGACCCGGAAGAAGUGCUGUGGAUACUAUAAUCAAACGCAAAAGCCUAUCAAAUGAUCACAGGACAAGGGAAUCAAAGAGGUACACAGCGAGAGUUCACGUUGCAGAUAUCUCUCAGGCAAUCAAGGCCAGCAUGGACUUAUCUUCUUCUGGAAAAAUAUACAAUGUUGUGGAUGAUGAUCCAGCACCACGUGAGGAAGUCUUCUCCUUUGCAUACAACUUGAUUGAGCAGAAAUGGCCCGGGAAGUUCACCCAAGCUCCUAUGGGCUCAGCUCCCUUCAAGCAUUUGGUUGGAGAAAAACGAGUAUCAAAUAAUCGUUUGAAAGAGGAAUUGGGUGUAAAUCUAAUUUAUCCAAGUUAUAAGUUGGGCUUGCAGAGUAUUGUGGAGACUAUAAAAACUCGCCUUAUUAGUCAUGGAUUUUGGUAAAACAUUGUUUGGCCCAUUUUGCCGGAAACGAUGUGUCUGGCAAUUUGCAGUUACGUGGAAAUUGGGUGU